CAGCCAACAGCGGACCAACAUGUCACUCACCUCCAUUCUCUCAGCUGAGGCCAUUGAAAACGCUGUCAAGGACUGUCAAGCUCCGGACUCAUUCUGCUACAAAAAGUUCUUCCAGUUGUGUGGCCUGUCCUCAAAGAGCCCCCAGGAAAUCAAAGUUGUCUUCAAGAUCCUCGAUGAGGACAACAGCGGCUACAUCGAGGAGUCUGAGCUCAAGCACUUCCUGCGUCAGUUUGUCCCCGGGGCUCGGACACUGACCGAGGCAGAAACCAAGAGUUUCAUAUCAGCGGCUGAUGAUGACAGUGACGGCAGAAUUGGAGCAGAGGAAUUCCAGACUAUGGUCCUGUCCUGA